GUGUAUUUAGCGGACUUGACAUAUCCAUCUGUGGUUCAGGGAGCAUUCCAUAUGCAGUGAAUCAGCGGUCGCCACCUCACUCUCGACCCCUGCCAGCAAUGCGACACUCGACCUUCACCACACCACAACCAUAAUUUACCAUUAACUUGCAAUUAAUGUCGUCUGGAACGGAUCACCAGGAUGACAGACAGGGGCAAGUGCCAGUACCCGGAUGAUGUGGACGUCAUCCGGGAACGUGAAUAUCCCUUGCUCAAAGACACCACAUAUCUUGACCAUGCAGGUACCACGCUUUACGCGAAAUCCCUGAUUGAAUCGUUCUCCCGAGACCUUACGUCGAACCUCUACGGGAAUCCCCAUUCCAUGUCCGCACCUUCACAGCUAUCGACUCAACGCGUGGAUGAUAUCCGUCUACGGGCCCUUCGUUUCUUCAAUGCUGAUCCGGAGGAGUUUGAUCUUGUAUUUGUGGCGAACGCUACGGCCGCAACUAAAUUGGUAGUCGAUUCUCUCCGCGACUCAACGCCCCAAGGGUUCUGGUAUGGAUACCAUGUGGAAUCGCAUACGAGCCUGGUCGGGGCGCGAGAGCUUGCAAGCACUGGGAGCAGGUGCUUCGUGGCGGACGCAGAGGUUGAGAGCUGGAUUUCUCAACUGAGUAUAGAACCUGUGCAAGGUCCUCGACUGUUUGCAUACCCUGCACAGUCGAAUAUGAACGGCCGGCGAUUUCCUCGUGACUGGUGCGGGAGGAUACGGGAGUCGGCAAAGGACACUUAUACGCUUCUUGAUGUCGCAUCGCUUGUGUCGACAGCCCCCCUCGAUCUGAGUGAUGCUUCCGCCGCACCCGACUUUGCCGUUCUCAGCUUCUACAAGAUUUUCGGUUUCCCCGACCUCGGUGCAUUGAUUGUUCGCAAGAGUGCUGGCCACAUCUUUGACAAGCGGAAGUUCUUUGGUGGGGGAACUGUAGAUAUGGUUUUAACACAGGGGACAAACUGGCAUGCGAAGAAGCAAUCUUCGAUUCAUGAACGACUGGAAGACGGGACGCUUCCGUUCCAUAAUAUAAUCGCAUUGGGCUCUGCAUUUGAUACGCACGAGCGCCUUUUUGGAUCUAUGGAUCAUAUUUCUUCGCACACCCGCUUCCUAGCGAAGCGCUUAUAUGAUCGCAUGAUUUCCUUGAGACAUCAUAACGGGGAGAGAGCUUGCCAUGUGUACAAGCCAUCACACACUGACUAUACCGAUCCUUCCUCGCAGGGUCCAAUCUUGGCAUUCAAUCUGCGAAGCAGUCAAGGUGCCUGGAUUGGUAAAUCCGAAGUGGAGAAACUGGCCAGCGUCAGGAACAUACAAAUCAGGUCUGGAACGCUAUGCAAUCCGGGAGGCACAGCGGCCAGCCUUAACUGGACCGGAGCAGACAUGCUUCGACAUUUUGGAGCAGGCAUGCGUUGUGGCGAUGACCAUGAUAUCAUGGACGGACGACCUACUGGGAUUCUGAGAGCAAGCCUCGGUGCGAUGAGCAACAUGGCCGAUAUUGACACUUUCAUGGCUUUUAUCGAGGAAUUUUACGUCGAGAAAAGCCCGACUAUGUGCGCGUUGCUGCCACCACCGGAAGCCAACCUUUCUCACCGGUCCGGUUUCCAUGUCGAGAGUCUGUCCGUGUAUCCCAUUAAGAGUUGUGGUGCAUUCAAAGUACCCGACGGCAAGCGCUGGGAAAUCCGCCGAGAAGGCCUGGCCUGGGAUCGCGAAUGGUGCCUGAUUCACCAAGGCACAGGUACAGCUCUCAAUCAGAAGAGAUAUCCUCGCAUGGCUCUUAUAAGACCAUUUAUCGAUCUCGGCCAAGGCUUAUUGCGCGUCACCUGUGGAUCUAUACAUUCCCCAAGCCAGAAAACGCUCGAGAUUCCUCUGGAUCGCGAGAAUAGCAACCUCACGACUACCUCCUUAUGCCAGAAUAGCUCGAAACCUUCUACUGUCUGCGGAGACCAGGUUAUUGUUCAAGCAUAUUCAUCUCCCAUAGUGUCCGUCUUCUUCUCUGACUUCCUUGGUGUACCCUGUACGCUCGCGAGAUUCCCACCUCAAUCCUCCACCCGACUUGCCGAACCCAGACGUGGUGCUGGCAGCAGGAGAUCACCACUUGGACAAGCUAUGCCAGGUGCAUUCCCCCAAGAUACCCCGACCCCUGAGGCAGAACGAAAUCCAAUCCUCUUGUCAAACGAGAGUCCAAUCCUGCUCAUCUCCCGCUCAUCCGUGAAUCGUCUUAACGAGACCAUCAAGGGCAGUCCUACAACCACCAACAGUACUGGCCGCAAGAAAGCUGUAGCUGCCGAUGUAUUUCGUGCCAACAUCGUCGUUGCAGAGGAUUUUCCACAGCCGGUAAGUGCAGGACGACCGUAUAUCGAAGACCAUUGGGAGAGUUUGCACAUUGGGCCCGAAAAUCUUCAGUUCAACGUCCUUGGAUCUUGUCAGCGGUGCCAGAUGGUCUGUAUUGAUCAGCUUACUGGUGUGCGUGGUGAGGAACCAUAUUCGACGUUGGCGAAAACGAGGAAGAGUGGAAAUAAGAUUUACUUUGGGCGACAUUUAGCGAUUUCGUCUGGUGAUGGGAAUGACACCAAGUCAAGGACAGUAAUGGUGGGAGAUGUGGUUACUCCGUCUUACUAUGGGCCAUGAAUGAUGAGUUAUGAUUUACAUAUAGGUUGUGGAUAAGCAUUGCAUUGCAUUGGAAGCAUGUAUCAAAUUGGAACAUUACUAGUUAUAGCAUGUGUGACAUUGUAAACAAGGUGGAAACCUCCUUUGAAUGGUUUGUUUGCGUUCAACAUUCUAUUGAUACCAUUUCCAUUCACGCAGACAUUCAAUGUGCAUGAUUUUGAGAAACAAGCUAUUUGUACAAUAAAUACAUAAGAGGAAAAACUCCCGUGCCGAA